AUGGGUAUUAUCACUACCAUUACGCAGGUACAGGCCUUGACGCAGUAUCCCUGUCCGCUGCUGGAGGAACGGUUCUCGAUCCUAAAGCAGUCGAUCGUCAAACCACAAGAUAGAAAGCGAGUUAUCGAGUCUUACAAUCGUCUCACCUCGGCUCUAGAGGUGGAGGCUGAGAGAAUCUCCAAGCAAGGUUCAAAAGCGAUCCCGGACAUUGACUUCGCGACCGUCGAGGAGAAUAAUGGUCAACUGCCAGAAGGCUUGGGUGAGACGAUACGCCAGGCGGGAUGUGUCAUCAUCCGUAACGUCGUCUCAGAGCAGCAGGCCACAGCUUGGGAGCAGGAAUUGAAGAGUUACGUGAAAAGGCACCCUGGAAUAGGAGGAUUUCCCACACACGAUCCCCAAACCUUCAGCUUGUUCUGGACGCCGCCGCAAAUGCAAAUACGGAGUCACCCCAAAGUCCUCCAGGCGAUGAACGCCGUCAGUCAACUAUGGCACCUGACCCGAGAUGACACCUUGUUCGACAUGUCGAGUCAAGUUGUAUAUGCCGACAGAUUUCGCAUCAGACAUCCUUCAAAAGACUCCGAGUUCACUCUCAACGCUCACCAGGAUACCGGCUCCAUUGAACGAUGGGAGGAUCCCACAUAUCGCUCCUGCUACGAGCCGAUCUUCGAGGGUCGUUGGGAGGAGUAUGACCCGUGGAAUGCCGAUCACCGCGCGGAAGCAAAGAGCGACUUGUACCAAACAGGAAGUAAGAAUCCAGUCUACUCUCCACAGUAG